CUAUGAACCACAGAGUGUGGUAGCGCUCCGCCAUAUUGACUGUUGUCUUGACUGAAGAAGAUAGGGAACAUUUGUGAUCCUAGAAGAAUCGAAACCGUGCUUUUAAACAUCUCUAAACUGGUGCAACCUUGGCCAAAGGAUAUAUCCGACACCUGCGUGAUGGCGAGGAAGAAGAGCAAACAGCAAGGAGUCGGGAGCAAGGAGCUAGUGCCCGGACAACAGAGCAUAUCGAAGAGCCCCGUCUCUCCCGGAGAUGCAGCUGGCGGUGGUGGCGGAGAUGCAGGGCUGGAUAGACUGGCGGCCAGGACGAAUCAGCCGAGGCACACCUGCUGCCUCCUGUGUCACCGUGAGUUUAAGGACUGGGGGGCGAGCUCUGCCAACGGUCUGCCUGGGGGCCACGGGGCGAAGCUAGCUGACGCUGUCCCAGCCCUGUCCCAGGCCCUGCUCCGAGAGGUGCCGGGCCAGAAGCUGUCCGACACCGUGCCUUCGCUGAGCCAGUCUCUACUGGGAGAGGUGCCGCUCUGGAUCUGCCAGAGCUGCCGGAAGAGUGUUGAGGAAGAGGAGAGACAGAGCACCCAGGAAACGCCUGCACCGGUUCCGUUGUCCCACUCGUCGUCGUGUAAGGCUCAGAGUUGUGGGAAUGGUUACCCAGAGCAGAGUUCCGUAGACUGGGACCCGUCUUCCUUCCUCUCAGCCCACAAGCUUUCUGGUCUCUGGAACUCGGCUCACAGCAACGGAGGGAUCCACUGCAAUCACAGCACUGCCUCGCACGCACAGCAAGGAACAGGGGGACCAGCGUGUCACGAGAAGCGAGGCUCUCAUGAGGCUCCUGGGAAAUCUGCUAAAACGCCUGGGGCCAAGGUGUGCCCCUACAGUCACCCUUCCCAGAAUUCCAGUGGUUCGUCCCCCGGGAACCCGCUCUCUACCUCCGGGGACCUCUGUAAGACCACCCCAAAGCACUUCAAGACCAUGUGCAGACGACCAACUCCGCCUGGCGAAGCAUUCCACCCCAGCGACCACCACCAACACUCAGACCUGUCUGUCCCCCCCAACAGCCCCACUGGCCUCACCUCCUCCUCCUCCUCCCAGCAUUCCUCUCUCCUGCCCCUCAAGCAGAGCUCCGGAGGGCAGCAGCACGGCCAUGUCACAUCCUCCUCCUCUCCCGGUCUAGCUGCUCACGCUCCCUUUUCCCCGCUGGUACCAAACCUCCACGUCCCCGCGGCAGGGGCCAAGCUGGGGGCCCUGGGUGGCCCUGACUGCCCAACAGGGGCCCUCCAUAAGCCCUUGGCAUGUAAGAACUCACACAUUCCUCCUGUGAACGGUCAGCACAGCAAACUGGGCCCCUCCCUGAUGGGCUGUAACCACCCAUGCAAUGGCCACAGUGGAGGGGCAUUGCCCUCUUCCAACGUGGAACACCUGACCUCUGGGCCACACCUGACCGCUGGGCCACACCUGACCGCUGGGCCACACCUGACCGCUGGGCCACACCUGACCGCUGGGCCACACCUGACCGCUGGGCCACACCUGACCGCUGGGCCACACCUGACCGCUGGGCCACACCUGACCGCUGGGCCACACCUGACCGCUGGGCCACACCUGACCCCUGGGCCACACCUGACCGCUGGGCCACACCUGACCGCUGGGCCACACCUGACCGCUGGGCCACACCUGACCGCUGGGCCACACCUGGCCGCUGGGCAACACCUGGCCGCUGGGCAACACCUGACCGCUGGGCCACACCUGACCGCUGGGCCACACCUGACCGCUGGGCCACACCUGGCCGCUGGGCAACACCUGGCCGCUGGGCAACACCUGACCGCUGGGCAACACCUGACCGCUGGGCAACACCUGACCGCUGGCGCAUGCAGGGACCAGGCGUGUAAAGGACAUAAGCUGUCUAACGGGACGGGGGGGUUGUGUCACCCCCCUUCGGAGCUGGAGGAGGGAGAGGACGAGGACUCUAGUUCGGAGAGGAGCUCCUGUGCUUCCUCCUCAAACAACCAGAAGGAUGGGAAGUACUGUGACUGCUGCUACUGUGAGUUCUUCGGACACAACGCGCCCCCGGCCGCUCCGACCAGCCGUAACUACACAGAGAUCCGUGAGAAGCUCCGGUCCCGUCUGACGCGUCGUAAGGAGGAGUGUCUUCCCCAGAGACGGGACUCGGACCCGGCCGUGUCCACCUCCAUCGACAACCGAGACGUGGACGAGCUGUUGGACUUCAUCAACUCUUCAGAGCACAAACCAGCCAACAGCGCAAAGGCUGCCAAGCGGGCACGCCAUAAACAGAAGAAGAAGGUGAUGUCAAAUGACAUGGAGAAGCAAACCCAGGCAGGUAGUGGUGAUGGUGAGGGAGCUGGUAGCGACCCCCCCUCAACCCCUCCGGAGCCCAGUGAGGACCCAGACCACCUCAGUCAGGAGGAGGAGGAGGAGGAGGAGGAUGUGGACGGGGAGUACGGUGAAGGCCCGGAGGCUAGUCGGCUGCUGGAGUGGCCCCAGCUGGAACUAGAGAGGGUCAACUCCUUCCUGACCUCUCGGCUAGAGGAGAUCAAAAACACCAUCAAGGACUCUAUCCGGGCCUCGUUCUCCAUGUACGACCUCAACCUGGAUGUGAAUGACUUCCCGAAGAAGGCUGCUACUCUGGAGGGCAACCAUCUUCUCUCCCACCUCAACGGCUCCUCCUGCUCUGACCUGCAGCAGAUAGACCUAGACCUGGCCCCUCUCUCCCUGGGUACCUUCAAGAGCCAUCUGGACCUGGUCAGCGGCUGGGAGGAGGCCCAUCCCCGGGACAACUCCCCCAUCGGCCCCAUCUCACCCCCGGCUUGUGCUACUGUACCUGGGGUAGGGGGACCGUGGGCUGCGGCUGGUACUGGGGCGAAGGAUGUUCAGAGGCUCCACACCACCCCCAGCCUCUCCAAGCUGAUCCGGGUGCGUUCCCCAGAGAGGUGCCGCUCUGCUAGGCCUGAGAAUAAACACCAGGCCCCUGCUUCGAUCCAGACCCAGGCCUCUAUUAAGGUAGCUAAGCCUAAAGAGGAGACCCCAGCGGAGCCCAAGAGCAUUACUAUCCCUACUCCUGGGGCUGGGGUUAAUGCCGGGGCUGGCAAGCUGAAGAAGGGCAAGAAGCAGCAGCAGCAGCAACGGCAGGACCAGCUGCAUCCAGAACAGAACCAGACCAGACCCGGAUCCAAAGCAGCUGCGGAAUCUCCGAAAACUGGUUCCAACAGUUCUGAUGCUGUGGGUUCUAAGGCAGGUUCUGGUUCCAAACCACCACCUCACUCGGCUGAGAGCCAGAGAACCGGGCCAAGGAGGGCAGAGGAGACCAAGCCCACCCGGCAGCAGGCCACCAACGGGACAGUGAGUUGCUCGGGUGCUACCAGCACCCAAAGAGGGAAGGGGGAGGAGCAAGAGGCCAAAGGUCACUCUGUCACCUCAACCAAUCACAACCAAGCCCAGCAGCAACAGCCCAAGGGGAAGAAUAAGAAGAACAAGAACAAAGGAACCAGCCGCAACAUCGAGGAUGUGUUUCUCCCUAAAGACGUAGACCCAAAAGAAAUGGAUGAGAUUGAUCGUGAGGUGGAAUACUUCAAACGGUUUUGCCUUGACUCUGCUAAACAGACCCGCCAGAAGGUUCCAGUAAACUGGUCCAACUUUACCCUCAAAAAGGUUCCUUCCAACGCAGCCCAGUAACUGACGGGUUCUAGACUGCAGAACCCCCCCCCCCACAUAACUAUGUCCAUGCGACGGCCUGAGGCCUUCUCUCAUUCCUCCUCCUCCUCUUUUUCCUCACCAAGCCAAGGGACCCUGGUGCAACACCAUUUUCUCAUGCAGGACUGCGAUACUGCGUUGCUAUUGGCUGACAGCCAGGGAUCAUUCACACACAGGGGCGACUGAGAAUAGACUCUGCUGUUUCGCAACGACGGGAGAUGAGAUCCGGGUUGAAACAUGGAGAACUCACACCCUUCUGUCUAUCAGAUCUGAUCUACUGUGUACUUCACUAUGUAGUAUGGAAAACAGUUACCUUAUACAAUAAAGUGUUUUUAUUGCAAUUGUGGCACAUUUUAA